UUCCCUAGACCUCCCUCCCCUCUUCCCGCUUUCUGCGAGGCCUCUUUAUUUUCCACCCUAACAUGCUGCGAGCUGUCAGCUAGCUGCUGGCUGACACCACGGGGGGGCUGCAUUGAGCUGGGCGGUGAAUGGCUGUAUCUGUAGGGCCUGGGUCUCUCCUCAUGUUCGUUUUUCACCAGCAUAGCUCCGUUGGUUUCAGCGCAAUCUCAUCUGACUUGUGCGGAGCGAGAGGUUUAUCAGGAACUCUGGACGUGGGCAUCAGUUACUGGAUGAUCCUUUCUAAGCCCUGUAUGUGAAGAGUGGCUCUAAGAAGUCUUCGUUUUGGGGUUAAAGAAUGUCCCGGGUCCCUUUAGGAAAAGUUCUCUUACGAAAUGUCAUUCGUCACACUGAUGCACACAACAAGAUUCAGGAAGAAUCAGAAAUGUGGAAAAUAAGAGAGCUGGAGAAGCAGACUCAAGAGACUUACAGGUGGAAGCAAGGGAGAAUAUCGCCCAAUACCUCCAGUAGUCGUAUGCGCAGUGACGGUUUUGAUGAGGAGAGCCAAAGGGCUGACUGGAAGUCGAAGAACUUUGUGCAUGUUCCAGACACGAUAGAAGAUGACCUUCUGAGGGCCCGGACCUGGAAUAAGAAGCUCUAUGAAUGUGAAGCCAAUUUACCAGACAGAUGGGGUCACAGUGGCUAUAAAGAGUUGUAUCCAGAGGAAUUUGAUACUGACAGUGACCAGCAAGAGAAAGAUGAACAAAAUGCUGUCAAUGGAAAGAGGAAAUCUCACCCAGGAAAACAAUCUGUACAUGAGUCACUCAAACGGAAGAGGCCAAAGAAAUCACAGAAAAAGAAGCAGAAAAAGAAAUCACACAAAAAGCGAAAGAAAAGGAAAAAGGAAAAGGUGAAGGCAUCCUCUGGUUCUUCCCAGGAGAGUGAGUGUUCAGAGGAGGAGACUUCAGGCACCAGGAAAGGGAAACACAAACACAAGCACAAGAAGAAGACCAAGAAAAUGCUUGCAAGGGAACCUGCCUCUUCCUCUGGGCAGGAAAGUGACUCUUCCAAUGUGAGUAGCUCCGAGGACAGCGAGUCUGAGGAGAAAAAGGAAAAGUGGUCUAAGAAAAAAAGGAGGAAAUGCCUUGUGUCUGCAUCCGAGAGGCACAGCGAGAUUCAGGAGAAACAAAGCAAGAGGAAGAACUGGAAAGUGGCAGCUGACGAGAAGUCUGAGGACAGCUCAGAUGAGGACUGACAAGCAGCUGUGAGGCUGGGCCCAUGAGUGAAAUUGCACAUCCGUGAAUGGAGGCUGACAUUUUCUCCCAACACUGCCAGGAUAUAGCGUGCUGAACUGAUUUCUGGGGCACAGCAAUUUUAUACUCUGCCAGCCCACAGGUAUGGGUUCUGCGCCUUGCUGGCUUGCAGAAGACACUGCUUUGAUUUGUGCUAGUUUGAAACCAGGAGAGCUAAAGGCCCGGGGAGAAGAUGCCUGUCCCCCAGAUCACAUCUUCUGUCUACCCAUCCCAGACUCCUGAUUCAGUAAUUGUUUUCAUUUCAUGGCCAUAUACAGUUUUAAUUAACAGAUCCUAUGGGCCAUCUUCAGAAGGGAAACGGGUGCAUUGGUACCAUCACAAGGGUUUUUUAAAAAUUGUUCCUCUUUUCACGCAUAACCACUUAAUGACCUAGAUACAAAUGCAAUAAAGAGCAGAAGCCACUGACUUACAGCUCUUCUGCCAAACUGUUGGCAAAGGAUGUGCCAUUGGAUUUAAACAGCAGGAGCCCUUUACUGCAGCAUUCUUCCCGUGAUGGAAAACAAACAGAUGUGGCCCAGCGUGGACAGUUGAAGUAAGGAGGCGGCACUGGUCUGGAACAGAGGGGUGGGUAGAGUGUCAUUCUACUUGUGAGUCUGGUGACCCCUGCUGCAUAGUUUGUUUCAAACUUACCUCAGAUUUCCCCUACCUCUGCCCUUUGCGUGACUGACUUUCCCUCCUUCCUAUCAGUAGCAUGUCCCUCUGGAUCCAUUCGUACCAGUGGAUGUGCCUCUGAUAGGUUUCCUCUUCUGUCUCUGGCUGGCCCAAUGUGUCUGAGAGAAAGAUUGGGAUAUCGGGGUGGGGUAAUUAACCCUUUCUCCCUGCAAUAAAUGUGGAGAUUCCAUUUGUACUUUCCUUUUGAAAUCUGAUCUCCUUAUCACCACUUGAGAGCAAAACCCAGGACAGAGCAUCGAUCAGUUGAGAGAUUCUAAAGGUCUGGUCAGAGAUGCUCCUCUCUCUUGUAUGGUAUGUUCACUGUUGAUCAGAUCCCAUAGUCCUGUGAAUAUGUUUUGUGUAGCCAGCCUUUAUGUACAGGAGAUCACAGCCCUGUUUAAUACCCUCCAGUAGAAGAUGGCAAAGGGGACUCUCGGCACAGACGUUCCCAUACCCCACAUGCUUCUGAAUUUCCAUAAAUGACAAUAGGUGGUGUCUGCACUCCCAGAAUGUGGAAGUCUUGAAUCUCUCUAGAUCAGAAUUGAGGUCUCUGGGCUCCCAGAUGUAUAAAUUACGCUUUAGAAUCUUCACAAAGCCUUUUCUCUGUAUGUUUGCAUAUAUGUAAUCCAUGGAGAUGCAAUGAGAUUACAAAUCUGUGCCCAAGUCAAGGGGGAAACCUCACCCUUACGAGAGUUCAGAUCCAGGCAUGUCUUGGGAUCCUCCUUUGAUUUAGCUUUGCUGAAGUGAUAUUCCAGUUGAAGGUUUUUACCACUGAGACUGGAUGUUGCAAAAUGAGUACGGGUGAGAGGGCCUUCUCUGGUCUGAGCAGUGCAGAUUACUGCUAUGACAUAUUGAAGCUGGGACAUGCUUUAGUAUUGCACACUCUUAACCAUCAUUCUGCUAAUCCACAAACUAAUAAUAUUCCCAAUUGUGCUUCUGCAGCACCUGGAGGCAACUUACACGCAUAGGUAAGGCUUUUAUAGGUUCUGCCUUAGAAGUGCCUCACUCAUACCUCCUUCCCUCUUGGGUCUUUGUGAGUGGAAUUAGUAUUUGUACAGCCAUUGGCAGAUGUGAAUUGCUAUGUAAAUGCAGAGCAUUGUUUAGCUCUUCCAAGUCCUGCCUGAGACUCCAGUUCUUAACAUACCAGUCUUACACCACUGUUGCUCUGUUGGCUUCUGUGGAGUUAUUCCUGAUUUAGCCAGUCCCAGCCAGUCCUCAUCUGAUAUGGGUUUCAGGAUAGAAUAGGGGAAUACCUGGGGCUCAGAGAGAUAAGGGUGAUCCCAGUGGGAGUCCAAAACUACAUACUAGAAAUGCAACAUUGGGGUAGUUUAUCUUAUAGUGGGAAUGUUUUGUAUGUCUGUUUGAUCAACAAAUCUUUCCAUCCUUACUGUCUGUAAUCUGCUUAAUUAGAGAACUAGUAGAUUGGGCAGGGAGUCCUGGAUAUAUACACAGUAGCUCAGAUCCUUAAUCUUUAAGUUCCUUGCAUCUCUUUCUUCAUCUGUACAACAUUGGGAGAUCUAAAAAAGCUUCAAUGUGUAGGGGCUGACACAGAAAAUGAAAAGACAUUAUUGUAGUAUCUGUUGUUCCAACACGUUCCCUUCCCCCACUUUAUCACAGGGCUUGAUCUACGUCCUGUCAUCCACUUCCUCCUCUGGAAGGCCAGUGUUCAUGGCUUCCUUGCCAGGGCACCAGAGGGAAUAUGUUGGCAGCUUCUUUAAUGAGGUUUAAGCAAUGUCCUAAUUUUCUAAGAGCCUGUCUCCUGGUGCAGGGAUUUCUAUGAGGAGGAAGGGGCGCUGUUGUUCUUUUCUAGUCCAGUGUAAAGGCCACUUCUCUAUUGUAAUCUAUUGCAAUCUUUUCACACAUGAGAAAUGUUUGAAAUUUUUAUUUUUAUAAAUCUCUACCGACAGUUUUAAAAUUAGGAAAUGCUGCUGAAGAUAAUAGAUUCAUAUAUUGCACUGGACCCAAUGUGGACAUUAAUGUUGGGGCUACUAUAUGGUCCAGCUCCUAAUGCACCCAGUGGGUAGAGUGCUUGGUAUGUCAGUACCUGUGUCUCCAGGUGCUUUUCAUCUUCAAAACACAUGCCAGUUGAGUUCCUGCCAGUUCAAGGCAUUUACUCAGGAUAACAAGGUGGCCAGAAUGGACUUCAGGACCUUUUACCUAGCCCUGGCCACUAUUUAUUUACCCAGGAUGAUCCUAACUUUGCCUUUUUCCUCUUAACACAGCAGUAUCUGCAGCACUAAAUCUCUGCCUGAUGCUACUGGAACUUGCUACAUAAGUCAUUGUUGAACAGGCAAGCAAUUCACUUAGUAAGUUGCCCUUUUUUUUCCUCCCCUACCCCUUUCCCAAAUCUGCUUGGGUAUAUCUGCACUGCAUUCCUCUUUUGAGAGAGGAAUGCAAGUGCAGCUGAGUGAAAUUGCAAAUGAAGCACAGAUUUGAAUUUCCUGUGCUUCAUUUGCAUAAUUGCGUCCAGGCACUAUUUCAAAAAAAGAAUCGCUGCGCUUCUUUCAAAGUUACUCCUUUUACAAUGAAGUUUAAGGGUAAGGGUAAUUUCGAAAGAAGGGUUUUCUUUCGAAAUAACUGCGUCUAGACAGCGUUUCUUUUUUUG